AUGCCUGGGGACUCUCCGCCGCUGUGGGAGCUGGUGGAAGAGCACGUUCCGCUCUCGGAGCGGCCCGAAGUGAAGAGGAUUCUAGGGGAGACGACGGUGGACCUGAGCCUGGAGCUGCGGGCAGAGGUGGUGAUGCUACGAUCACUGCUCCGAGAGGCUCGAUCCUUCCAAGCCCCUGGUUCGCGCCCCACCUCUGACCUCUCCUCCCUUCUGGCACCACCGCCCCUCCUAAGAGACCUCGUGCGCCAGGAACUGCGGCAGCUGCUCCAAGGUCUCCGCGAGAAGGCCAUCUGUGAGGGCAGGGACCAGACCCAGGCUUGGGUCCAGUAUAGCCCCGGGGUCCUGCGCUUUGCCUUGGAGGAGCCCAGGCGUGAUUUGCCAGAGCAGGGGAUAUUCCGCCUGAGAGCUGGUGAGCCCAGCAGCUGUCACAGGGACCUCAGCGUCAUCAAGGACCAACUGAACGUGUCCCACGUUGACCAGGUUGCCGGAUACCUGCGGGCCCUCCUGGAGGAGGAGUGUCGCAAGUUGAAGAGGGAGAUUGCCAUCCUGCAGCGCCGCCUGGAAGAGGAGUAUACAGGGGCCCCUUGGCCCUCUGAGGCAACCCUAGAGCCCACCCUGGCAGAGCUAAAGGAGCAGAAGGCAGCCAUGCAACAGGAGCUGCGGGCACCUCUGAGGCCUUCCUGUGUCUCCCCCGGUCACAGGCUGCGGCCCUUGGAGUCCUCCAGCCAGGGCCUCGGACCACUGCCUUGCCUCCGUGGGGCUGCUGGAGUUUGGGCCAGGCCUCUCCAGUGCCACCUGCCCUCUCCUCCUCUGGAGCGCUGCCCCAAACCUCAAGGCCUGGCCGCCACCUGCCGCUGGGGACGGAAGCUUCAGUGCAGCCCCAGAAAAAGGCCAGCUUCCACUCCGAUGUCCAGUGUGGCGCCCCAGGCCCCAACCUGA